AUGAAACUCGAGGAUGUCUGCAUAGGAUUCAAGGUCCCUGUAAGAAAGCACGUUGAGGACAAGCUCGUGGUGUUGAAGGCAGAGAUUCUUGGCAAAAGAACUGGCAAGCACUCAAUGCUUGAAUUCUAUGUCCACUAUGUGGAUCUCAAUAGAAGGCUUGAUGAGUGGAUCGAUGGGACACUGAUUGACCUGAGCGAUCCUGCCCUGGUGGAUGUGCCAAAGAAGAAAACUGAAAAAUCAAAGGCAAAUAAGCAACGUAAGCAUUCAGAAGAUGGUAAGGAGCACGAGGUUGUAGAUCCAGUUCUUGAAAAGCCACCGCAUGAUGAAGAAUUCAAAAUAAAAAACAUCAAGAAAAUCAUGAUGAGAAAUCACCUUGUGGAUGCCUGGUACUUUUCUCCAUAUCCAAAGGCAGUGGCUGAGAGUGACAUUGUUUAUAUAUGCGAGUUUUGUUUAUACUACCUUGCAACAAUGGAGAGCCUUGUAGAACAUGCAAAGAAAUGCAAUCUUAGGCACCCUCCAGGACGAGAGAUAUACAGAGACGGUACCUUAAGCUUUUUUGAAUGUGAUGGCUAUAUACAAAAGAAUUAUUGUAGGAAUCUUUCGCUACUAUCAAAGCUGUUUCUAGACCACAAGUCAUUGUACUACGAUAUAGAUGUGUUUAUGUUCUAUGUGCUAUGUAGGCUCGAAGAGAACGGAUACCAGAUAGUAGGAUAUUUUUCGAAGGAAAAGAUCUCAGAACAAGGUUAUAACCUUGCAUGCAUCCUAACGCUUCCUUUUGAACAGAGGAAGGGGUACGGGCGGAUUCUGAUGGACUUUUCUUAUCUUCUCAGCAAGCGAGAAAAGAUAAUUGCAGGGCCUGAAAAGCCACUGAGUGAUCUUGGACUUCUGAGCUACAGGGCAUACUGGGUAGAGGCGAUUGUUGAGUAUUUCUCGAGACACGAAGAAGCAAGCAUCAGCCAGAUUUCGAAAGAAACAUAUAUUGCUGAAGACGAUAUAAUAGGAACUCUAUGUGCAUAUAAAAUGCUAAGGAUCCAUGGACAAGACUUUGUUUUUACAUACGAUGAGGCACAGCUGCAAAAGGCACUGAAGACAAGAUCUAAGAGUGUCGAUGGCUCGUUACUGAAGCUUUCAUAG